AUGGAUAUCAUAUUAAAACCUGUAAUAGACAGUUAUCCUAAAUAUUAUAUUGAAAAACAGAAAAGCCCUAGUUAUGUGGAAAUGUACACAAAAACUAAUAGAGAUAUCGUGCUGGUUUGUAACAAGGCCAAACAAACCACCUACAUAUCGGAAAAUGCGAUUAAAGACAAUCGAAAUGAGGCAGAAGAACUAGAGCUAACAGGAUCUCCGCUUAAGCUAGACCUUAGUCUACACACAGUACUAGAUGACACCAUGAUGACUGAUGAGCCUCAACUGUGGAGCAAGGAGGAAGGUACUCAUAGCCCAAUUAGUCUGGAUAUAGCUAGACAAAUUGCAAAUCUGUACAACAAGAACCGAGACCAAGUGACUACUGAAGAUGCUGUACCUCUUUGGAUAUUAACCAAUCCAGAAGAAGAUAACAAACCUUUAUUAGUAACUGUGCAAUCUGAUAGUACGCACUUUGCAAGAGGAAUAGUAACAUAUGAGGGUAAUAUGAAUCAGGAUGAUGUUGAUCUAGAUCUGUUAGUCGAAGAAUAUGCUAAGUUAGAGGGGUUGAGUGCGGAUUUGAUUACAACUUUAGUUGACUGCAAGUACUUAGUCUCCGGUAUAUCAUAUGCUUCAUAUAAUACUGAUGAGUUGGUCAAUGCUCCUCAUGGCGGUGUCACAGAAUUAAGAUGUGAAUGGUCAGGGAAAACUCUGCACACACCUUACAUCAGUUGCAAAGUUAAUUUUGAGCAAGAGAUCAUAGUUGGUCACUUAGCAAGUCCAUGUAACGCCAUCUGGCGUUCUGUGUGUGCACUACACAAUAUGAACCAGCUUCUAGUCGACAUGACUGCUGCGGGAUAUUCGUCUGUCAAUCUAGAAACAGCUUCAAUCAGAAACAACAUCCCAGGCGCAAGACGCUACAGCAACUCGAAACGUGUCAAUGAACUUUUGAACGAGACUGAGACAUAUGCGUAUACCGCGGAAUGUCCCGCCGGUGGAUGCAUUUGUGUGACGGAAGACACUACUACACUAGGUCAAUGUCUCAAUGAUAUGAACACUAUUGGGUCCUCUAACGAUUUUACUUAUAAACUCUGGGAUAUAUUGAGAGAUUGUGAGACAGCUGAGGAAUUAAUAACAUUACUGAUCCAAGCUCUUAAGUUUAUAUCUUCAGGAAAAAUAAGACCAUUCAUUGACGCCAACAACAAAACGUAUCUUUCGAAGCUUGUCCUCAAAUUAUCACGAGGGCACUCUCAAGCUGCAAAAGUAUUGAAGAAUCUUCGGUCCAGUCCACCACAAGCGUUAUCAUUGGUCGCUCAAGUUGGUACUGAGAAGACUAUGUGGGAAUAUACACGAGUCAUGUCUUUGUUAGAACAUUCCUUCUUCAUAGCCGGUAUUUGGAACAGUGAUGCAAGAACACACGAGUCAAUAGAACAAAUAAAUCAAACUAUUCAGGAUAUGACAAUGAGUGGAGGUGAUUUCCAACUGAAUCCUUUCGAGAGUUUCACCUCAGCUGAACAUUCUAUACGCUUGGAUUGUGAAUCGUUCUAUGAAGAAGACGCAAAUGAACUUACCGUGGAUGACUUCGCUUCUUUAAAGAAACACGGACUUGUGGCUGAGAAGAAAGAUGUUAAUGAGGUACCAUUAAUCACUGAUGAAAUCGACAUAAGUCCGUGGAAGAAUUUGUUAAUGAAAUUCGCGCAAGUCCAUGUAUGUUUAGAACAUCUACAUCGCGCCGAGAGCUGCCUAAGAGCUGACUUCGCCAGUCUAAAACCUAUAGCGUCCAGACUGUUAGAACACUAUGUGUCAGACAAGUCGCCAAUAAGAACUGUGGGGCAGUUGAUGAGCGAUCCAAUACAGAAAAUUAGUAUGCCUAUCGCUAAUAAUAUCGUGCAGGACCAUUUAAAGAAGCCGGCCUUCUGGUAUCGAGUUGAAAUGACAAAGAAAGAAAAUGCAGCAAACAAAGGCAUACAAAGGGAAUCGAAGAUGGUCUACGUGUUCUCCCAGCAACCUGUUUUCCCACCUUCUGUUUGGCAGAGUAUAGAUCCUCCUACAGAAGAGGUGGCAGAAGUAACUACAAUAGCUGAAGAAUUAAAGUAUCACGUCACCAAAUACACGUUUAUAAGCAACAAACUAGUAAAUAAACUACCAUUAUAA